AGUUUCAUUAUUGUUAUCUAGAAAUAUGCAUGAGGAUCUGUACUUUUGCAGAUUUUUUUUUAUUAAAUGCAGGAUUUUUUUUUGUGAAUGAAGAAAUGUACAUAAAAAAGGCCUCUCUUGACUGGGUGAAACUCAUAAAUCACAUCUUAACGUUGCAAUCUAAUCUGUUCAGAACAAGAUACAGCUUCAGAGAGUGGCUCAAGUUUAUCUAAUAUAGCUGCUGAUACUGGAGCAUUGGUACAAACUGGAUCAAGUAAUCACCUCACCAUUAAACUCUCUAUUUAAUUAGUUUAAGACAAUUAUAUGAGCCUUAUCGUUAGCUCUCUGACAAGACAGAAUUCUGCGAGUGUUAAUCAAGCAUAUAAGGAGGAAUUUAUAAUAGGUGCUGCCCGUUGGAUGUAUACAUUUCCUUUUUAUUUCCUAUGACACUGCUUUGGAUUGACUAUUCCAUCAAUGAAGCAUAUCUGUGAUAUACUGAGCAUGGCUUGGGGUGGCUGGAGAUUCUGUGUUGUCUUUGUGUUGGUCAUUGUGAUGUGGCCAGGGUUGGUCACCCCUCAGGAAGACGUUCCUCCAGGGGCAGCAACUCUGGCGUUUGUGUUUGACAUCACGGGAUCUAUGUACGAUGACUUAGUGCAGGUCAUAGACGGGGCAGCUAAGAUCAUGGCAACCACUCUCGCUCGUAUUGAGAAGCCUCUCUAUAAUUAUGUACUUGUUCCAUUCCAUGACCCAGAUGUUGGUCCAAUUGUUAUCACCAAGGAUCCAGAUGAGUUUCAAAGUGAGUUACGGAAUCUGUAUGUCCAGGGGGGUGGAGACUGUCCGGAGAUGAGUGUGCGGGCCAUUAAGGAGGCCCUGGAUGUGUCCCUCCCUAACUCCUACAUCUAUGUGUUCACUGACGCCCUGUCUAAAGACUUCUAUCUGGGGGAGGAAGUGCUGGCACUAAUUCAGCAGAAACAGAGUCAGGUAGUGUUUGUUUUGACGGGAGAUUGCGGGAAGCCGCAUAGCCCUGGAUACAAGAUCUACGAGAGGAUAGCCUCCACUAGCUCUGGCCAGGUGUUCCAACUGAAGAAAGAACAAGUCAACCAGGUGUUGAACUUUGUGCGUCUGACUGUCCAGGCGAGGAAGGUUAACUUGAUGUCUGUAGACCAGGACCGAGGCAACUCCCAGUUCUUACAGAUCCCAAUCGACUCCAAACUCCAGGAAUUCACCGUAUCCCUCAGCGGCGCUAACCCUGACCUCAGACUCUACAACCCAAAAGGGGCUGAGGUCACAGUAAAUAAUGGGCUAGGGGAGUUACUGGACAUCAAGAACGUCAAGGUGGUGUAUGUCCGAGAUCCACCGCCAGGCAAGUGGCGCCUACGAGUGGACAGCAGCAGUGCUCACACGCUCAGAAUCACUGGGCUCAGUAAAUUUGACUUUGCUGCUGGGUUUGCCAAGCAGCGACCGACUCAUAUCACAUCCACAGAGUUACGGCCCUUGGAAGGUGUAAGGAGCCACAUUCUGGUCAACACCACGGACCUUGACCCCCCUGGUCUCCUACAGAGGCUGCAGCUGGUCAGUCUAAAUGGGGUCGCUCUGACCGAGUAUCCCCUCCAAGCUGACCCAGAGCUGAAGAACAUUUACCGGACCGAGGCCUUCAAACCUCCAUCUGGCUACUUCUAUAUUAAGGUGGUAGGUGAGGAUGACAAGGGGCAUGAGUUAUGGAGGACUACCCCCACAGCCAUCAGUCCCCGCAAACCGGCACCACCCACCGUGUACAUGCCAGAGAUUACGCGGGGCUUCUACCACAGCACCGCCACCAUCGUGUGUGUAGUGGAGUCUGUGAUACCGUUCACUGUCCAGUGGUACAAGAAUGGACUGAGGGAAGGAUCUGAGGUCUUGUUCCAGGAGUCGGGUAAUGCUACAUAUCAGGUGACCCGGGCGAGUGCAAGUGAUGAGGGAAUCUACACCUGUAAUGCCACUAGUCCAUCAGGGAGCAAGGCCAGGACUACUCUACUGGACAUCAGCGAGCCUCCGCCUGAUAUAGCCCCCACUGUUAAUGUGUCCGUGUUGCCGGGAGACAAUGCCGUUCUGACGUGUAUUGUAUACAGCACCGUCCCUUACAACGUCACAUGGUACGGCCCCGGGGGCGUCGUUAGACAGAAUCAGCAGUUCACCAACUUUAACAAUGGCUCUCUCUUCAUUCGACAUGUAGACCUGAGCCAUGAGGGUCAGUACGUGUGUAGGAUUGGGAAUGAGGGCGGAUACUCCCAGGAGAAGCUGUUUCUCAGGGUUCAAGUCCCCCCUGAGGUUUACAUCAAGCCGGCAGAGCAGACCUUCAAGGUCGGAGACAGGGUGACCUUGAACUGCUAUGGAGAUGGGUUUCCUCUGCCCGCUUAUUACUGGUUGAGAAAUGGAGCUCUUGUGAUUCCCAACAACCGAAUGCAAGUCAACCAGAACCAGCUGACCAUCUCCAACAUGGAGCGGAGUGACGGGGGGGAGUACAGCUGUCUGGCAGAGAACCUGGCGGGACAGGACACGGCCAAAGCAACGCUCGAGUACAUUGAGCGGCCCCAGAUUGACAUGUACGAGAAGAAGGUGGUAGUGGGGAGUGGAGACACGGCAAACCUCCACUGCUCCGCUAAAGGCAUCCCUCCACCGGAAAUCCACUGGUUCAAGGGCGAGCUAGAGUUGAAGCAGUUGUCCUACGUCAAGAUAUCGGCCAAUGGUGACCUGUCCAUACUGGGGGCCCAGGAGCAGGACGAGGGGGAGUACAUGUGUAUCGCCACCAACCCCGCAGGAAGUGACUCUGUCAUCGUGGACCUAGAAGUCGGAGCUGAUCCAAGGAUUACCAAGGCUCCAUUUAACCUCGGGGCUGAUAUCUCUACCAAUGCAUCCCUGCCCUGUGAGGCUGUGGGGGACCCCACCCCCAAGAUCUACUGGCUGUUCAAGGGGAAUCCGAUCAAGACAGGCGGUCGCUUCAACCAAGAUAAGGCUGGCAAUCUCUUUGUUUACAACGUGGAGCACACUGAUGAAGGACGCUACACCUGUGUGGCCCAGAACCAGUUUGGAAUCCAAGAAGCCACUGCUUUCCUCAGCAUCACAGGAAUAGUGAGUCCAGUGAUCGCCUACACCAAUCCGUACCUAGAUGUGGUGGAGGGGUCAGACGUCGACCUGAGCUGUGUGGUCGUCCAGGGGAACCCCACCCCCACCAUCCACUGGCAGAAGGGGGCCAAGGUAUUGGAGAACAACGAUCAUGUGACCAUUAGCAAACCAGGGGAGCUAAACAUUAAGAACAUCCAGAAGUCACAUGAGGGAGACUUCAUUUGUGUGGCAUCUAAUGUGGGAGGGAACUCCACGUACAUUGUGUCUGUCAAUGUCCAAGUUCCCCCGCGGCACACUUUUCACAGAGAGGAGGACAGUUACACAAACUUCACAGUGGUGGAGGGAGGGGGCAUCAUCCUGCCCUGCAGUGUUGAGGGGGACCCUCGCCCCACCAUCUCCUGGUUCAAGGAUGAGAGCCCCAUCUCGCUGACGGACUACCACUACUUUAUCCGUGAGGACGGGAGCCUGGAGAUCUUCAGUGCUGACCCCCAGGACUCGGCCUCCUACAGGUGUACCGCCAGCAACCAAGCAGGGGACGUAGACAAGACUGUACAGCUCUUUGUGCAAGCACCCCCUAUCAUACAGGGAGAGGAAACUGAGCAGUUCACAGUGAAGGUAGGAGAGAAUGUGGUCCUGCCCUGCUCUGUCAGGGGGAAGCCCACCCCCGAGGUGUUCUGGCGGAAGAACUUUGUACGAUUCUCCCCCGAGUCUUCGGAUCACUUCCUGUUCAGUGACAUCGGACUCACGAUAUUCAACACAGAGAUCUCCGACAGGGCUAUAUACGAGUGUGUGGCCAGCAACAUUGCAGGGGAGACAACCAAGAUCAUCACCCUUAUAGUACAGAUUCCCCCCACCAUCAGCUCAGAUGGGGAGACAGACACGGUGGUAGUGACAGGAGAGCCAGCCUUCCUGAACUGUGACUCCCAAGGUGAUCCUGAACCAGAGGUCACCUGGAAAAAAGAUGAUGUUAUAUUUGACCCCACCAGUGACCCUGACAUAUCGAUGACACCAUUUGGAUCGCUAGAUUUCAGCAAAGUGAAAGUAGUGGAUGACGGGAGAUAUGUGUGUAUUGCCACUAAUGCUGCCGGUUCAGCAAUGAAAGACUUCAUCCUUAUCAUUCAUGAUCCUCCAUUUUUCCCACCCUUCAUUACAAACCACACUCAAGUAAUAGAGAACAAUCCUGCUACGAUUCCGUGCCCAGCGGUAGGAACCCCGCCUCCUCUCAUUACCUGGUACAAGAAUGAUGUGCUGCUAACUGGUGACGAGACAGGAGUUACCUUCCUUGAUGAUGGAGGUUUGGAGCUCUACAACGUUGAUGCCAAGGACACAGCGACAUACAAAUGUGUAGCAACCAAUGCAGCCGGGGAGACUGAACACUCAGUGGAUCUUCAUGUCCUCAUUCCACCCAAACUGAUUGGAGAGGACAUCAGCUUGAUUGACAGGCGCCCCACCGUGUCUUCAGUGGUGGUCAAUCACACGGCCUCUUUCUUCUGUCCAAUAGAGGGUGACCCCAUGCCAGUGAUUACAUGGCAGAAAAAUGGACAGGAGCUUUUAGGGGAUAGUGAGAGGAUCUUUAUUUCAGAGGACGGGAGGAACCUCACCAUCGAUAAAGCCGACUUGUUGGACACAGCUCGGUACACCUGUAUUGCCAGGAAUGAGGCAGGAGAAACAGACAAGUCAUUUAAUCUGGAGGUACAGGUGCCUCCUGUCCUUGACCUUGAGACCGUGACCCCUAGUAACCUCUCCGUGGUGAUUGGGAACACACUGUUCAUCAGCUGUCCAAUGUCUGGAAUUCCUCCCCCAAAAAUCACCUGGUACAAAAACGGAGAGGUUGUUUCUCCAGAUCUGGACCCCAACAUCCGGAUCUACGCUGAAGGUAGACGUUUGGAGUUGACCAGUGCCCGGGUGACUGACCUUGGACUGUACAGGUGUGAAGGGGUCAAUGCCGCCGGAAACAACCACAAUGAGUACGAGGUGGAGGUUUAUGUGCCCCCAUCCAUAGAAAGGGAGGGAGAAAUUGCCCGCCCUGAGGUGAUAGUGAGGCGGUCCAUUAACCUGACUUGUCCUGCCUCGGGGAUUCCCCGCCCAGAGAUAUCCUGGUUCAGGGCCAACAAGGUCAUUAAGGAGGACUCUGUGAAUUACAUGCUGCUCAAUGAUGGUUGGACCCUGUUUAUAUUCAAUGCAUCCAGUGAAGACUCAAGCAGGUUCACCUGUCGCGCCAAGAAUGUAGCCGGAAACAAUGAGAAGGCAUUUGAUCUUCAAGUUUUGGUUCCUGCCUACAUAUUGAGAGAGAAUGUUGAUACAGAGCCACGGGUGAUCCUGAACAGAACGCUGGUGCUAAACUGUCCUGUUGGGGGUAACCCCAACCCCUCCAUCCUGUGGUACAAGGAGGGGAUCCUCUUGGAUCUGAAUAACAACCCCCUGAUUGAUGUACUGUCUGAGGGGAGACAACUUAGAGUCCCUAAUGCCCAGCUCUCUGACAGUGGGACGUUUACGUGUGAGGCCGUAAACAAAGCGGGACGUGACAGUCAGGAUUACAACGUACAGAUACAGAUUCCCAGUAGAAUAAAUGAGUUUAGAACCAACAUCAAGCCGCGGACCAUAGCAGGCAAUCCUUUAACAAUUACUUGUCCAGCCUCUGGUAUACCACCACCAGUCAUAACAUGGUACAAGGACGGGUCAAAGGUCGACUUCUCCAAGGACAAAAACAUACAGCUGGACAAGGAUGGACAGGAGCUGACCUUGAAGGUUACAGGGGUCAAGGACACUGGGACAUACAGCUGUGAGGCUCUGAAUGAGGCAGGAGUAGCCAAGCUUGACUUUGAUGUCUUUGUGGAAGUUCCUCCAAUAAUAUCUGUGACGGAGAAAUUCCCCAAAGUUAAAGUGGGACAGGAGAUAACCCUAGGAUGCCCUGCAUCUGGUACCCCAGAGCCGGAGAUCCUGUGGCUGAAGAACGGUCAGCCAAUAGACUUCUCCCUGGCCUCGGGGCUCAGGGAACAAAGUGGGGGAGAGGAACUUCACAUACACAACGCUGUGGUCGAUUACGGAGGCACCUACACCUGUGUGGCCUCCAACUCAGCGGGGGACGACCAGGUCAACAUAGAACUGGAGGUCUGGGUACCCCCAGUGAUUGAUAGGGAAUCCUUUGAGAAAUAUACAGGGGUCAUCAAAGGUCGAACUACAGUUCUAAACUGCCCAGCAUUUGGUCUCCCACCUCCAAACAUAACAUGGUACAAGGGUGGUUCUCCCUUGGUCCCUGAUUCACGGAUGGAGCUUUUAACAGGAGGGUUACAGUUGAGGAUCGUGAACACGACCAUUAAUGACACGGGGACAUUCCGCUGCACCGCUGUGAACCCUGCAGGGGAGGAUGGUGUAGACAUGGAGCUAGAGGUCAUGGUUCCCCCCUCCAUUGAUGAAUCAAAUGUGGUGUACACUCCCAAGGUGGUACAGAACCGCACAGUGAUCAUAGAGUGCCCGGUGUCAGGGGUGCCCCAGCCCACUGUGACCUGGUCCAUCAACGACAGUCCCCUGACCCCCAAAGACCGCAUCCGUCUCCUUGACAACAACAGACAGCUGACCAUUGACAUGGCCCAGGUGGCUGAUACUGCCAUCUACAUGUGUGUGGCCGUCAACAAGGCGGGCGAGCUACGCAAGAAGUUCCAGCUGGAGGUGUUAGUCCCUGCCCACAUUCUGACAGAGGUGGCCUCGGAGAGUGAGUUGGUGACCGUCCAAAACCAGACCAUUAACAUCAACUGUCCAGCCAUGGGGAUUCCCUCCCCCUCAAUCAUCUGGCUCAAGAACCGGGUCCCCCUACUGGACGCCCCUUACAAGAACAUGCGGGUCAUUAACAACGACCAAGUUCUGGAGAUCUCCAAUGCUCAGCUAGAGGAUGCUGGGAAGUACUCAUGUACUGUGACCAAUGUCGCCGGCCAGGAGAAGAGGGAGUUCAACUUACAAGUCCAUGUGCCUCCCUUCAUAGCCCGAUCUCAGGGGGAGGAGCUUCACGUAGCUACAGAGGGAGGGGCUGUGACUAUGAAGUGUGAUGUGGGUGGGGUUCCAGAGCCCCUGGUUACAUGGCUGAAGGAUGGACAGAUCUUACAGACAGAAGACAAUGCUCACAUAAGGAUAUUGUCUGGUGGACAGAUUUUCCAGUUUUUAGCUGUCAAGACAUCAGAUGCUGCAAAAUACACAUGUCAGGCUGAGAAUAUGGCUGGCUUAACAGAGAAGUACUACAAGCUGGAAGUUCAGGUGCCACCCCGUAUCAAUGGAUCCCAGUUCCAGCAGAAGUCUGUCACCAUCAACCAACAGUUGUACCUGAAUUGUGAAGCCUCAGGAAACCCCCCUCCCAAGAUUGUGUGGAUGAGACAAUAUCAGGUGAUUCCUCCUUACGGGAACCCUAGUGUCCGGAUCAGGGACCAGGGAAGACAACUCCUCCUGACCAACGCUCAGCUCCUGGACGAGGGAGAAUACACCUUGCCACCCAGUAUUGAUGAUGGACCUAAACAAGUUGUGGGAAUUGUCAAUACAAGAGUGGACCUGUCCUGUAACAGCAUUGGACUCCCCGUGCCUCAGGUCAAGUGGGAGAAAAACAGCCAGGUUUUUCCUACAACAGGACUUCGACACAGAAUGUUAGUGGGCGGGUCCCUCGAGUUUACGUCGGUGAGACUGGAGGAUGCUGGUAAAUAUGUCUGUACAGCCUCCAAUGAAGCAGGGAGUGUCAGAAGGGAGAUAAGUCUUGAUGUUCAAGUUCCCCCAAAGAUUAUUGGAGAGACCCAGAUCAACAUGCAGGCUGUUCUAGGAGAUGAUAUUCACCUCCCCUGUAAUGUGGAGGGGGACCCUAAGCCCACCAUCAUAUGGCAGAAGGGAACCUCCAUAUUGAGCGGGGGAGCAGAUUACUACAUCAUGGAAAAUGGCACGCUUCUAUUGCGGAGAACAGAUGAAAGGGACUCUGGAAUGUACAUUUGUAUUGCUCGUAACAACGCUGGAACAGCCAUGGCACAAAUCUUUCUCAGGAUGUUUAUUCCUCCCAAAAUAACGGACGUGACUCAAACCCAGUACUCUGUACAGCAGGGCCGGAACAUCGUACUACCGUGUCGUGCCGAGGGUCGUCCCCAGCCGGCGAUAUCCUGGGAGAAGGACGGACAGAAACUGACAGGAAGCUACCACUACCGUCUGCUCAGAUCGGGCUGGCUACUCAUCCCCUACUCAAGGCCAGAAGACACAGGGACCUAUCGAUGUAUCGCUACAAACACUGCCGGCCUCGAUGAAGUUAGCAUCACCCUCACUGUUCACGUGCCCCCUAGGAUUGAGAAAGGAGCUCGCCUCAUGACUGGGACCGUGGGGUCAACAGCCAGAAUCUCAUGUAAUGCAACUGGUGAACCACGACCAGAUGUCACAUGGUUAAAGGAUGGCCGACUGAUCAGGGAGGACAGGAAGUACGUAGUGGAAGAUUCUGGGACUUUGCUGAUCAACUCUCUGGAUGCGGACGACACGGGCAGCUAUACCUGUACGGCCAUCAAUGUGGCAGGGAGGGACUCCAUGGAUAGAGUACUCAGGGUGCAAGUCCCUCCUAAGAUAACUGUGGCCCCCAGAAGUCAGGAAGUGAUACAGAACAGCAGAAUCGUGUUGUCAUGUGCUGCCACCGGAAUUCCUGUCCCCACGGUAACCUGGACCCUCAACGGAAAACCUGUUCCAGCUUCUCCAAGUAUAAAUGGGCGGAGUUUCCUUCACAUCCACCAUGCCCUGCGACAGGAUGCUGGGAUGUACACAUGUAUUGCUGAGAAUCCUGCUGGUUUGGUGACUGCCUCUGCGCCUGUACUAAUGAAAGUACCUCCCCAGGUCUCUGUUCCUGACAGUGACGCCACGGUCAGUGUGGCUGACCAGGUGAUGCUGACCUGCUCUGUGGGUGGGGACCCUAACCCUGACAUCAGGUGGACCAAGAAUGGGCGCCCCAUAGAGCUCAGUGACAGAAUCGUCCAGCUUCUAAAUGGUUCACUUGUUAUCUACGACUCUACGAGCUCUGACGCAGGAGAAUAUAAGUGUGUGGCGUCUAAUGAUGCUGGGACUUCUGAGGGCGUGGCCAUGUUGACAGUCCAAGAGCCGCCCAUGUUCAAGAUUGAGCCGACCAACAUGAGGAUUGACCUUGGGAACACAGUGGUUAUGGACUGUGUGGCAGAAGGGGAGCCAACUCCUGACAUCUCCUGGUUACGAGGCUGGAGAGACAUUGUGACGGGCGAGAGAAUCUCUGUCCUACCCAACAACUCACUCAGGAUACUAGCUGCCCAGAUGUCUGAUGCAGGACUGUACCGCUGUAAGGCCGCCAACAGACUGGGGAUCACCAUUGUGGAGGCCAACAUGACCAUUGUGGUCCACGGUUGGUUCUCUGAAUGGACGUCCUGGGGGUUGUGUAGCAGUACUUGUGGGGUGGGGCUACAAUUCCGGACUAGGGAGUGUGACAGUCCACCCCCUCAGAAUGGCGGGAGACAGUGUAUAGGCUCCUCCCUCGACUCCAAGACGUGUGUGUCUGGCCACUGUCCAGUUGAUGGAGAUUGGGGUAACUGGUUGCCAUGGAAGUCCUGCAGUGUAUCGUGUGGAGAAGGGGAGAGAACCAGGGAGAGAGUUUGUAACAACCCCGCCCCACUUCACGGUGGUACCUCUUGCCCAGGUCCAUCUGUGGCUACUGACAUCUGUAACGAGGGACCCUGUCCAGUGGAUGGUAAUUGGAGGGGGUGGGGAUCCUGGGGGUCGUGCAGUUUGUCCUGUGGGGAGGGGAUCCAUGACAGACAGAGACUGUGUGAUAACCCACCCCCACAGUUUGGUGGACGUCAUUGCCGUGGAGACCAUGUCCAGUUAAAGACAUGUUCUGUUGAGCAGUGUGCAGUGGACGGUAUGUGGGGUCAGUGGAACCACUGGACAGCCUGCUCCCAAAGCUGUGGUGGGGGAGUAAGGUCAAGAACAAGGAGCUGUGACAGCCCCGCCCCCUCGUAUGGGGGAUCCACCUGUUCGGGGCGGUCCACCCUGACAGACUACUGUAACCCAGAACCCUGCCCAGUGAAUGGUAAUUGGGCGGGAUGGGAGAGCUGGGGGUCGUGCUCUGUGAGCUGUGGGGUGGGGCUCCAGAAAAGAUUUAGGACAUGUUCUAACCCCACCCCCAGCAUCAGUGGUCGCCCAUGUAUAGGGUCCAGUGAGGAAGGGCAGAGGUGUAACCAGCCCCUUUGUCCAGUGGAUGGUUAUUGGGGUGGAUGGGGGCCUUGGUCUCCCUGUUCACAGACCUGUGGGGCAGGGUUCAAGGAAAGGAGUCGGACGUGCUCCACUCCCCAGCACGGAGGACAGUACUGUAAGGGGGACGAACUCCAGCGGGAUCUCUGUAGCCUGACCCCCUGUUCCAGGUUACCUGGUAAAGCCUUCGGGACGUUGGUUGGUUACAUCAAUGGUGUAGAUCUGACAGAGUCUACCAUUAAUGCUGUCAUGACAACCACUGAUGACGGGCAGAACAUCAAGGUGGCGGCUACCAUCAAAGAUUUACCGCCCAAUGUAGGUAGGCACGUGGAGCAUCUGGUGUCUGUGCUGAGUCCUGUGUACUGGGUGACCGCCUCAGAAAGGGGCGGGGCUAAAAAUGGACUCUCCCUGACAGACGGCAAGUUCUCCAGAGACGUCCAAGUGGAGUAUGCAACUGGGGAGAUAGUGAGGAUGUCUCAGUACGCCAAUGGAGUGGACGAGGAUGGCGUGUUACAGAUCGAUGUCAUCAUACGGGGGGUGGUCCCCGAUCUCUCCCAGGGGGCAGAGCUUACACUGACCCCAUACUACGAAAACUACAUACAGACAGGACAAGGUAAUAUUUUUGCCCGGUCUUCUCGUACGAUUCGAAUGGAUGGGCAUCUCCUUCCAUACUCCUGGAAUCACUCGAUCUCUUACGAGACGACUGAGAUAAUGCCGUUCUUGGUUGAGACGUUACACACUAAAGACAUCACGUCAUCUGUCAGUCCUACAGGGGACCAGGUGGAGUUUACUUUGCUCACCAGCAUCACCCCAGGUACUCCCAGUAACCAGUGCCCCUCCGGCUUUCACCUGGACAGCAGUGGAAAGUUCUGUUUAGAUGAUGAUGAGUGCUGGCCAAUCAAUCCCUGCUCCCACCACUGUCACAACUCCCCAGGGAGGUUUGCCUGCUCCUGUCCCCCAGGGUACGUCCUGGGUCGUGACGGACGGUCCUGUGAGGAUCUGGACGAGUGUCGAUGGAACAAUGGGGGGUGUGGGUCUGACCGGGAGUGUCUGAACACCCAGGGGUCGUACCACUGUGCCACGGUCUGUAAGGCGGGAUACAGGAGGAAUAAGGACAUGUUCUGUAUAGACAUAGACGAGUGCAGUGAGGACCCUCUGAUCUGUGGACAAUACUGCAGGAACACAGCCGGCUCCUACCAAUGUUCCUGUUCCCUGGGGUUCAAACUCAAGUCCAAUGGAAAAUGUACAGAUGUGGACGAGUGUGAGGAAGGUGUCCACAGGUGUACAGAGGAACAAGAGUGUCACAACAUACAGGGAAGUUACCAGUGUCAGCAGAAGUGUACAGACGGAUACCAGGAUGUAAAUGGUCGGUGUGUAGAUAUAGAUGAGUGUUCUGUAAACAGCCACCAGUGUUACUCCAACCAGCGCUGUGUGAACUCUCCUGGGGGAUACAGCUGUCAGUGCGAGUCAGGGUACCGGGCAGCCGGCAUAGGACAGCCCUGUCUGGAUAUUGAUGAAUGUAGAGAAUCUCCCGGUGUAUGUGCCUACCGCUGUCACAACACCCAGGGCAGUUUUAUUUGUGUGUGCCCGCUGGGCCAGAUUCUACUGGCAGACAAACGCUCAUGUGCUGGGCUAGAGUAUUUGGAACCUGAUCCAGGUCAGAAUUUUGUCAGGCCAGCCAACCAGAAACUGGAACUAUUGCAUAGUGUUCAUAACAAAGGGUGCAGAUAUUCCAAGAAAUGUCUCAAAAGAAAUAAACGCUCACAUUGUCUGCCAGGGUUCCAAUUCAAUGUAUCCCAGAAUGCUUGUGUAGACAUCAACGAGUGUAGAGAAGACCCUGGCAUCUGUCAACACAACUGUAGUAACACAAUAGGAGGCUACCAGUGUACCUGUCCCCCGGGCUACAAACUGGGCAGGAAUGGAAGGAACUGUGUGGAUAUCAAUGAAUGCAUCAGCUCUAACAUUGAUUGUGGACCAGAGAAGAUGUGCUUCAACAAGAGAGGGGAUGUUGACUGUAUUGGUAUACCAUGUCCUGAAAACUACUCCAGGGAUCCACUCACCAAAUACUGUGUUCUUGAGUGCAUAGACUCAUCUCUCUGUCCAGAGGGCGCUAAAUAUGCCGAUGUGAUCGAGUUCCGAACACUAGCACUCCCUAGCGGAAUAUUGCCUCAACAGGAUUUAAUUCGAUUGACAGUAUUUAACCAAAACAACGUCAAAAUGGUGAAAACAGAUUUUAUGAUAUUAGAAAAUGACACCCAGAUGACCUUUAACCUGAGGCCGUCCGAGGGGACGGGGAUUCUGUAUACAGAGCAGCCCCUUGUGGAGCUAGAGACGUAUAGAAUCAAAGUGAGAGCCCGGUCCUAUAGUGCAGAGACAGGGGUGCUACAGUAUCAGACAACUUUUAUGAUCCAUAUAUCUAUUUCUGCGUACCCUUAUUGAUUAUUGGUUGGAAGGUGUUUACUGAUGAUUUCAUUUCAUAAUGAAUGAUAACUUGCUUGUGUGAUGUUAUAAUGCAUGUGUGAGUUGAAUGUAUUUAGUGAUUUUUGAAUGUGUUUUCAUAUACAUGUACUUAUUUUAUAAGGCCUGAUUUAGUCCACAGAAUCAAUUAUGUUUUAUGAUGAUAUAAAGCUUUUAUAGUUAAUAAAGAGUAGCAUAAUUGGUUUGUAUAUCUGUAUAGGUUGCAUUUGAAGUGACUUAGUUUGGAAUAAAGACUUCGAUAUGAUUACUUAACAUAUCUUACGAUUUUCCUUGGAAUUUUGAAUAAAGUCAUAUAUUAUGAAGAUUUACUCUCUACUUAUGGCAUUAUACAAUACAAAAUAUUGUUGCUCUGAAAUGUAUCUCUCUCAAAAUUUCAUUAAGUGUAUGCUAUAUUGACAAAGAUGUAUCUAAAGGUCAUACAGUUAUGAUAUCAAGCAUAUCUUAAUUAUAUACCCUUAAUUUUUAUUAGUUAUCGAUUAUUUUGAUUUUUGUGAUAAACUGGAAGUGUAUAUUCCUCUUGUCCCCCCCCCUUUUUUUUUACCGGUAGUUUAAUUUAACAUUAUUACUGUC